AUGAAGAACGCUGACAUGGAGGCCUCACCUCUGGAGAAAAGACCCUCGCCAGCAUCCACCAGUCGCAGUAUCAGGCCCUCCUCGAGCUGCGCACAGAGCAGGAGCAGCGGUUCAUUGUGCUUCUACAGGCCCAGAGCUUGCUACGCCAGGGCAUGCAGUUGGCCAAGCACCCAGUGGGCGGUCCACUUAUUACUGCUGUUGUCCAGGGAGACCCAACUCGCAGUGCAGCAGUUACCAGCAGAGAACCUCCUUGCAUAUGCCGAUCUAAAGAAAGCCAUUCUGCAAUGGGUCAGCCAGACACCUGAACAACAGCGCCAAUGCUUCCGCUCACUGACCCUUGGCGAGCACGGCCGCCCAUUUGCCUCUGCCCAACAGCUCUGGGAUGCCUGCCAGCGGUGGUUACUGGCUGAGCAACACAAUGUCGGGGCUGUGAUUGACCUGAUGGUACUGGAGCAGUUUAUUGCUCGGCUUCCGAGAGUGACGGCGGAGUGUGUCCAGUGCCAUCACCUGGCGUCGCUCCAAACGGCCAUCCAGCUGGCAGAGGACCAUAUGGCGGUGUAUUCGGGAGAUCCUCUUUUCUCUCUCUCUCCUGUCUCCCCUCACUCUCUCUCCUCCCCUCUCGUCCUAUACCUCCUCCCUGGAAAUGGGGAAUUCCCCCUCCCAAACCGGCUCCCCAGCUUCAUGGAUUGCACAACCUGCUGGUUUCCCCUGUCCCUCUCUGCGCUAACUCCCAGGUCGGUGAAUCCGCUGUUGCGGGCAUGGGCGGGAAGUCUGGGCCAGUUUGCUGGAGCUGCGGGAAGCCCGGGCAUUUACAGGACCAAUGCCCGAUGAUGGAGGUGGGGACAUUGGUCCGGGUCCCUGACACGCCGCAGGCCGCCCCGAUCGAGCUGGGAUGUACCGCAUACCUGUAAGUAUUAAGGGGGGUACAUACCAGGCCUUGGUGGAUUCGGGUUGCAACCAAACCUCCAUCCAACAAUGCCUGGUUCAAGACGAGGAUUUGGGUGCUUGUCAUAGGGUGAAGGUGAGGUGUGUGCAUGGUGAUAUCCACGAUUAUCCCAUAGUGACUAUUACUA